AUGUAUAUCAGCCACACUUUCGGAGGAAAUUGCAUAACACGCAAAACAUCUCAUUUUCGGCUUACUGAAUCAAUCAAUCUGUACUUGUUUUUGCACUAAGAUGAGCUGUAAUAGAUUACUGCAUAUUUUAUUACUCAUUAGUGCGGGGGCGCAUAGUGGUAUCUGUUGUCGUAAUUCGAAACGGAUAGGACAAUGCGACGACGAAGAGAUCAUAUUCAACAGCUCAGAUUUCAAAUGGGAUCUGGAAAACAAGUUACACGGCCAACACCUCGUUGUUCCUACCGUAUAUAAAGCAGUAACAGAUCACGUCAGCAACCCUAAUCCAUCGAAACCACUGGUUCUUUCGUUUCAUGGUUGGGCCGGAGGAGGAAAAACUUUUGUUUCUAGAAUGAUCGCAAAUAAUUUAUUCAAGAGGGGGGAACACAGUCCAUAUUUUCAUUUAUUCAAUCCGAACAUUCAUUUCAAACAUAAAGAUAUGACGGAUAUAUAUAAGGACCAGUUACAAUCAUGGAUAUAUCACAAUGUGAGCCAAUGUGAGCGUUCAGUAUUUAUAUUUGAU